AUGAGGGGAGGACUUUUUGGACGAAGUGCUUCAUAUUUGCAAGGUGAGUCAAAAAGCAGUCAAAAAAAUGGAACAAAUGAAAAAUCAUCAGAAAAUAAGAAUAAAAUAAGUGGGUCGGGUAGUAACAGUUCGUAUGAAGAACCGAUGGAAGUGGAUACCAUUAAUGCUGAAACGAAGAGCACCACAGGCGAGAAUAUAAUUGAAUCGGACAGCUCAGUAGCCAGUAAGCUGAAAACGAUUGAUGCGGAUGUCACUGGAGAUCAGAAAGAUCUUCCAUACGUUACAGAACUAAAUCAAGAGAAGGGCGCUGAUUUCGACAAACGACAAAGCGAUACAAUGCAAGCUCAAGUGAAUACAGUAACAACUGCCACAACAAACACAGAGUGCGUUAGUGAGUCGAAAGGAAGAUGUACUGAAGAAAAUCAUAUUGAAAUUCCCAGUAAAGAAAAAGACAGUACUUCCGUUGUAACUCAGAGCAAUGUCAGUGUGGAAUAUAAUGAAGGAAAGAAUAACAGUUUAAUUCCGGAGAAAUCAGUGACAGUGGUUUCGGGGACAGAUGGUGAAUGUUCUAAGGGACCAGAAAAUACAUUUGAUGCUGAAGCAAGUAGUGCCGAGGAAACUGGGAAAAGAAAAUCGAGUGGGAAAUUCUCAAAAAAUGGAAAUGGUGAACAAAAGGAUAUUGGCAAUGUACAGGAGUCUCCAACCAGAAAAUCCAGACGAAGUUAUAAGAGGCAUAAUUCCUACACUACUGCGCAUGGUAACCAAAUAAAUGCAGAGUCUAAAAAAUCACAAGAAGCUGGUGACGAUGAUUCCACCAACGAAAGACGUAAAAGCUUGCGUGCUCGUAAAGUUGAUAUUUCUAAUGAAGCUGUUCCUAUGAAGAGUGAAUCGGCAGCAGAGAAACGACGAAAAAGUUUGCGUACACCUAAAAAGCCACUUGCUACCUCAACCGCUACUAUUAGAGUCAUACGUCGUGAAAAGAAGACAGAGAAGAGUACACCAGAAUCAGAAUUAACUAAUGAAAAAGAUGUGGCAUCUGGAAAAGGUGGCAAAAAAAAUGUUUCAAGUAUGACUGGAUCAAGAUCCCCUCAAAAAUCUAUAAAAAAAGAAACGGGAAAGAAAAAACAUGAUUGUACAAGUGAGUCGGAUAAGGAUCCAUUUAGUAUUGAUAACAAUUUUGAUAAUCAUCCAGAACCGCUGCGUAAUAUCCAGAUGGAACGCCAAUCGUUUGGAGGAUAUAAAUUCACGAAAUCGCCAGAAAAAGCGCCUACGUUACGUUAUCAGAAAACGGAACAAACAGCUAAUGAACGGCGAUCCAAUCUUGUUGGUCUCUUUCCACAGCAUGAGGUUAAUACUCAUAAAUCACUUUCCGAAUUAACACUAAGCUCUGGUCGACGAGCUACAAUAUCUUCUUCAUCAAAGAGAAAGACGAAAUCUGUGGGCGGUGAAUUUUCAGAACCAGGUGGAAGUUCGAACAUGCUAAAUAGAUCAAUACAACAAAGUGAUGCCAAACAGUGGUCGAAAACUGGAAGCCGAUCAGAAGACAAACAAAUGAACUCAGCAUACGAUUUUCCGUUAUCAUCGAAACAACGGAAACGUAAAAUAGCCGAAACAUUGCCAUCAGUAACGCCAAAAAGACCAUCGAAAAUGAUACUACCGGAGUUUUCGGCAUUAGAACAACUUGAAGCAGAUCACCGUCCCAAUGAGCACGUUACAUAUAGUGUCGGUGCACGAAUAUAUGCAUUGUGGGACCGUUUGUAUUAUCCUGCUCGAAUAUCGGCUGAACCGGAUGCAAGUGGGCGCUAUGAAGUUGUCUUUGCUGAAGAUGGUGCUGUACGUAAACUGGUAGCAACGGGCAUUAUACCAUUGUGUAAUCUUGUUGUAGGGCGAAAGUGUUUGACAAGAAAUGUCAAAGAUGAUGAAGAGAUCCUCGAAGAAGUGGAAAUUGUCGACGUACCAUCGAGUAAUGAUGCACAGAAUUGGAUGGAAGCUGUGUUCACAAUCAAAGACACUAACAAUGAAAAUACAAACAAAUCGUCAUGGCAAAAAUUAGUGGUGGAUAGUAAUCAGGCGAAGGCAUUACAAGUAACAACGGUUAAUACGGUGCGUGAUGUCAAUGCCGAUAAUAUUGCAUCAGCUGAAGGACGGCGUAGCCGAGCCGCUCGGCAUAGUGCUGUUUAUAGUACCAAUGCCACUCCUGUUGCAUCAGCAAGAACUCCUCGUCGACAUGCUUCUACAACGGAAAAAGAGACUCCAAAGCAGCAUGCCGCUUCAUCAAAGACAUCGUCAUCUAAAAAUAAUGAAACACUUGUUGAACCGGAAGAGUUACAGGAACGACAACACGAGUCUUCAGCUACGAAUGGGUCGGCUAAAAAAGCAUUGGCUAAAAUUUUCAAUGGCAUAACAUUUGUGGUAACGUCAGCACUGCGUAAAAACCGUGAAGGAGAACAGGGAUUUAGCAAGAAAGAAAUACGGUGCAUGAUCGAAAAUGGUGGCGGAAAGGUGAUCGAUGAUGUCAUGAAAUUACCUCAGGGUAAACCGAUAUAUUUGAUCGCCGAUACUCACUAUCGUACUCAUAAAUACCUCACAGCAUUGGCACGAUCAAUCCCGUGUGUCAGUAAUCAGUGGAUCAUCGACUGUGCUAAAGAAAAUAAGUUAUUGGAUCACAUGAAGUAUAUGUUGCCUGCUGGAAUAUCCCUUCUUACUGGUGAUAUGAAACCCUGGCAUUCAAACAACGGUACUUUAUUAUCAGGGAAGCGUGUUUUCAUUUUUUCGAAUAACGUUUUCUACGACAUGCCAAACUUCUCGCAAAUUUGGACACCUAUUAUCAAUCACAUGGGCGGUGCUGUUGUUCCGGUAAUUCCAACAGAAGGGCUGGAUAUUUUAUUGACGGAUGCCAGUUGCACUGAGGAAAUUUUGAACGUUGGUCGAUCGCAGGGAGCUAUAAUCGUUUCAUCAGAAUGGAUUAUCCAGGCAAUCAUUCACGGAAGUUUGCCAGCACCAGAAGCACAUGAACGUUUUCAAUACGAUUACAGUGAUGCCUGCUCUUGA